AUGGGGAGGUUUUCCUGGCUGAGUGCCUUCCCGGCCGGGGGGCAGCGGGCUGCGCUGGGGCCGGUACCCGCACCCGGCAGCGAGCGCCUCCGGAGGGACGGGAGGCCAAAGUUACAAAAAACCCAAGGAAGGAAGCAAGAGAAGAAGGUUAUCCAUCCUUACAGCAGAAAAGCUGCGCAGCUUGCAAGGGAAGCACACAAACAGGAAAAGAAAGAAAAGUUGAAGACUGAUAAAGCUGUGCGUUUGAGUAUCAUUGGAGAAAAAUUGCAAUGGUUUCAGAGUCACCUUGAUCCCAGUAAAAUUGAGUAUACGAAGAAGGAAGCUGGAGAACUAAUUGAAAACUACAUGUGUCGAUUCAAUGAUGAAUUGGAGCAGAUUGAGUUACAAAACAGUAUUAAAGGUAGACAAGGAAGGCAGCAUGGUUCACGGGAAACUGUCAUCAAGCAGACCAUAGAACGCGAAAGACAACUCUAUGAAGGCUAUGGAAUGGAAAUCCCAGAUAUUAUGAACAGAAAGCAUCUCAAAUUUUUCAGGGAAUGGGAUGGUGAUCUGAGGAAACUGCCAAACAUCAAAAUGAAAAAGCUCUCAGCUGGGGAUGCUGCUUGCAGUCACCCUGAGGUGGCAGAUGUGGAAGCCAAAGAAGAAUUAAAUAAAGCAGAAGAGAUGGCCUAAUGAGCACCAGCUGAUUCAAGAGCUGAAACAGCUGAAGGGAAUUGUAAGAAACCUAUUUUAAUUACCACUGGAAAACAAGAAUAAAUUCUACCUAUAUUUGCAGAGGC